GGGGUGGAAGAGGUGGAGGCGGACGGAGAAGAAGAAGACGAGGAAGGAGAAGGAGGAGGAGGAGGACGGAGGACUCGCUAACGACGGCGAACGUCCUCGAGGGUGCGAUACACCAGCACCAGCACCAGCAACACCACCGACGACGGCAACGAUGAUCGUGGCCGGCCGCGGCGGCGAACGGGGUACAUGCUGGAGGAGGAGGAGGCGGCUGGUGGCCGCGGGACUGGUCUCGGCCCUGCUGGCCCUGGCGAUGGGCCCAGCCGCCUCGAUGGGGCACAGGCCGGCGCCGAACAACCCCAUCGUUCUGCAGACGAUCACCAGCUCGACAGCUACGCCCUGGACGGUCUAUUCGGUGAACGGGUCCGUUCUGUUGAACAAUGAGCUGGAACCUGGGGAUAUCGGGUACAACGCUACCAUCCACCACCAUCAUCACAAGAAGGUCGGCGGCAACAUGACCGAGGAGAAGGCGCCGCUCUUCCCGGUGGAUCUGUUCUCGAUCCAGGAGCGGCGCCAGGGCGCCGUGAUCCUCCACGUAAUCGGCGUGGUCUACAUGUUCGUCGCGCUGGCGAUCGUCUGCGACGAGUUCUUCGUCCCUUCGUUGGACGUGAUCAUCGAGAAGCUGGAGAUCGCCGACGACGUGGCCGGCGCCACAUUCAUGGCGGCCGGCGGCUCGGCCCCGGAACUCUUCACAUCGAUAAUCGGCGUGUUCGUGUCGUUCGACGACGUCGGUAUCGGCACCAUCGUCGGUUCCGCCGUCUUCAAUAUCCUGUUCGUGAUCGGGAUGUGCGCCAUAUUCUCGCGUACCGUACUUUCCCUCACAUGGUGGCCCCUGUUCCGCGACUGCACCUUUUACAGCGCCAGCCUGCUCACCCUGAUCUACUUCUUCAGCGAUAAUUAUAUUCACUGGUACGAAGCGCUCGUGCUCUUCGGGUUCUAUUUGGCGUACGUGAGCUUCAUGAAGUGGAACCAGCCGAUGGAGAAGCUGGCCAAGAGAUUGAUUUACAGAAACAAGGUGACCCGGGUCAGGUCCACCGAUCAGCUGAUGCCCUCGCACCAGAGCGCCGCCCAGGCAUUGCAGCAUCCGAACGCGACGAACAGUAGCGAGACGAGCGUGGGCGGCGUUUCGGGUGCAUGCGGAAGCAGCGGGAUACCGGUGGGCGCAGAGGUCGGGUGCAGCAGCAGAGGUGGCAGCAGCAGUGGUGCCGGUGGCACGGGAGGACAGGGCUGCGAUCAGGGAGCCCACGGUGGCCCCUCGUCUCACUCCAGGGAGAGCCACGCCAAGUUCAGGCACGGCCUGCUACAGCUUAUGAUCCACACGAUCGAUCCGCUCCACGACGGUCAGUCCCGCGCCGGCAAAGUGGACGAGAAAGCGACGCAACUACACGCGAUAGCCUCGCUGAAGGUGCUGCUGGACGCGACCAGGCCGCACAACGGCGCGGCGACGUCGACGGCGGCACAGUACUCCGGCGCAGCGUCGAAAGAGACCACUCUGCAGUUGCAGCAGGGCUCCCAGGGCACGACCACGACCACCACCACGACGACAACCACCGCCGGCACCACUGCCGGCAUCCAGGAACUUCCCAACGGCGGUAUAGCCGCCGGCCUCGACGCCGGCCUCGAAUCGGGAGAGGAGGAUGAACCUCCGGAGGCGUUGGACAUGGGCUGGCCCAGCAGUCCCAGGAAGAGGCUAACCUACAUCCUGGUCGCGCCCAUUUUGUUCCCUCUGUGGCUCACCUUGCCUGACACGAGGACACCCAAAGGGAAGAAGCUGUUCCCGGUGACGUUCAUCGGGUCGAUCUUCUGGAUAGCGGCGUACUCGUACUUGAUGGUGUGGUGGGCGAACGUGGCCGGCGACACGGUCGAAAUACCGCCGGAAGUGAUGGGCCUGACUUUCCUGGCAGCCGGCACCAGCAUCCCGGAUCUGAUCACCAGCGUGAUCGUCGCCAGGAAAGGUUUCGGCGACAUGGCAGUGUCCAGCUCCGUCGGCAGCAACAUCUUCGACGUGACCGUCGGGCUUCCGGUGCCCUGGCUGCUGUACGGCCUGAUCUACGGGAAACCGGUGGAGGUGAACUCUGUGGGCAUGGUGUGCAGCAUAGCGAUCCUGUUCUGCAUGCUGUUGUUCGUGAUCAUGAGCAUCGCGUGCUUCAAGUGGCGGAUGAACAAGGGCCUCGGGUUCACGAUGUUCCUCCUGUACUUCGUGUUCGUGGCGGUAUCGUUGAUGUUCGAGUACGAGUUGCUGGUCUGUCCGGUCUAGGACCGAGCUCGGAGAGGAGGAGCACGCGAUCGGCAGCGAGCCAGGUGUCCAGGAAUGUGGACCGCGGAUCGACGCACACAUACGGGUCUCAUAAUCUCGUGAUCGGCAACGUUCGUCGUCGCGGCGACCACGGCGACCGCGUCUCCUCCUCGAAUCGAUCGGGCGAGGAACGCGCGACGGACACACAGCCUUUCCCGGGAUACAACUCUCGAAAACUGUUGACACAGAAACCCCCCAACCCCCCAACCCCACCGAGCCCCCCGAUCCCCAGGUAUCCAAGCAGAGAGAAUCCCGUAUAGAACCGAAAGGAGGGAUUUUCCACCCCAUAUAGGGCCGGUGACCGACGGCGAUCUCACGCCUAGUGUCGGCUUCGGCGCGACUAAACGAAGCGUGCGUUUGUUUUUACGUUUGUUUGUUGCGUUCUGCGUUCGACACUAGCUCGGCAAAGUAUAUUAACUACUACGUGUACAUAUUGUAUAAACCUUGAAAUACCUGAAACAAAAUACUCAUCUCCUUAAGAACUGUAAAACCGCGGUGUGCCGUUGUCCGGCGAACGACGGGGACGGGCGCCGGUUUUUGUUUAGCCGCAGCGAGCGGGUCUGGCCGAUCGUGCCAACGAUCGCGCGACCAUAACCGACAACCACGAGUCUCUAGAAUCCGGGAGAAGGGUGAGGGGGCAGAAAGCAAACACCCCCUACUUCGCCGCGCGUCCCACAACCCCCUUUUUAUCUCCUCUACUGUUCUCACUGUUCUCGUUGUAUUCUAUAUAAUUCGAUUUAUUCAUCUUCUUCUACUUCUUCUUCUUCUACUUCUUCUACUUCUUCUACUUCUACUUCUAAUUCUUCUAAUUCUUCUCUACUUCUUCUACGAUUUCCUCUACGAUACUUAUCCUAGUCCUAGCGUCUUGGACGAACCGAUCGUCAACGCCUCUCGUUAGCCUCCGGCGAACCUCGACGGUUUAUUCUAAAUCCGGAUCGACGAUCGACGUGUACUUCUCGCUCGAUGUUCCGCGGACGACCUAACGGGAGGCCGACCAAAUUCGUCGAUGUUCUCCGCUUCGAUCACACCAAAGGCGGCGUCGCGUCGGUCGAACUGCCAAAUUGUCUCGAUCGAGUGGACAAUGAACUCUCGCUGAACCGUGUAAACGAUGGUCCCGGUAUCGCCAAGCCGCAAAAGCCAGUACCACGGCCGUAACCGAUCGCGAUGAUCGAGCUGGCCCCGCACCGGCCACGCCGCGAUCGAACCAUCUCUAUUUUGGCACGAAACCCAUCGUACCGGCACGAUAGACGCUCUCGUUAGACGAUGGAUGGGCCCGACCGCUCGCUGAUUUCUCUCUCUAAGACAACAGUCUCUUCUCGCCUGUAAAUCGUAGCGUCUAGACACUUUACUCGGUCUCGGGUCGGCUGCGACGAUCGGCACGCCGAUCCACGGCGAUCCAAGGAUCCGCCGCGACGCCUCGAACGAUUUCUCCCGACCGCUUUUCGCGCAUACCACGCCAAACGAUUGCGAUGAUCGGUCAAGGUUUCGAACUCUUCACAGAAUUCUUAACGCUAAAUCUACACCGAGCACUAAAAUUGACCGUAUCGUUCCAUAAAAAUGACACGACAACGUUGUGUGUUUGACUUUUCGCCAUUUUUAUUACGACGUACGUUUGAAUUAAGAAAAUCCAUUCGAUCAAUUCCUAUAAAAAGUGUCUUUAUAAUGUCAAGGUUAUGUCAAUCUCUAGAUAAAAAAGAAAAAUGUGAAACCGCGGUCAGAAUGACCAACGCGGUAGAUUUAGCGUUGAACAACCGCGACCCGCGGAGAAAGGCAAAUCUACGUCAUCGGCGUCGAACGCGUCAAGCGGAUACGUGUUUCCCGGGUCAAAUCAAACUCCGUCACGUCGUUUUACGUAACCAUCGCGAGCGGAGAUCCUUUUACCUCCACCGUUAUCGAACGGCGGCCUCUCUUGCCCACGUACAUCCUUAUCUUUUAUUCAAAAAGAAAAUAUAACAAGCUGCUCGCCCAUUCGAUCCACCACUCGCGAUCAUAUAAUUGCAUCGUGAAAACAGACCGCGGAUUUGUGUGCUUUCGUAGCGUUCGUGGGAAUGCAACAUGCAACGAAACGAACUGCUGCAAUUUUAACAUCCCCUGUAACAAGACCGCCCGCUGUUAAAACGAUACGAUCGUUAACGUUAUCAAUUUUACGAGUAAUAAAUCGAUCAUUGAAAGAAAA